CUUGGGCAGAGACGUCAUAAUGCAAGGUUCCCACAGGUUCCAUGCCCGCCCCGCCUGCCCGCCAGUCACCCAGCCCGACAGCUCCCUGGGCGGGCAAGGCGGGCUAAUAAUGGUUGAUUAAGCGAAUGAUUGAUCCCUCCUCCAGCUUACCUCUUGCCCCCCCUCCAACAUGCGACUCGACCCGACCUGACGACCGACCGACCGACCUCCUUAGGCUGCGUAUUUCCUUGGUCUUGCUGCCCUUCCCUUUCCAACACCAUAUCGCAUCUAGCAUCUCCAAUUAGCAACAACAUAGAGUGCAUAACCACGCAACCAUGAACGUCCUCAAGCUGCAGAGGAAGUUCCCCCAGUUCCAGCAGAACGACAUAUUCGGCCUGGCAGACGCCUUCCGCAAGCUCGAUGUCGACGACAAGGGCUACGUAGACGAGGCCACCGCCAUCAAGGCCACCCAGGCCAGCGAGCGCCAACCUUACGAUGUCGUGCGACAAGCACUCAAGGAGGUCGACCUCGACUCCUCCAGGCGCGUCGAGCUGGAGGACUAUGUCGGGCUCAUCGCGAAACUCCGAGAAUCCUCCCCGGCCCAGGUCGCCAUGCGCACAGGAGGUGCCGCCCCCGCCUCCCCCAGCAGUGUCGUCGCACAGCGCACCGGCGGUGGCCACGCCCAGAAGUCCAGCAUCAGCGGCAAGAUCCACGUCCAAGGUUCGAAUGCCAACAUCACUCACACCAUCAACGAGGACGAGCGCACAGAGUUCACCCGCCACAUCAACGCCGUCCUGGCCGGAGAUGCCGACAUUGGCGACCGCCUGCCCUUCCCCACCGACACCUUCGAGAUGUUCGACGAGUGCCGCGACGGCCUGGUGCUGGCCAAGCUCAUCAACGACAGCGUGCCGGAUACCAUCGACGAGCGUGUCAUGAACGUCCCCGGAAGGAAGAUCAAGAAGCUGAACGCCUUCCACAUGACCGAGAACAACAACAUCGUCAUUGAGUCCGCCAAGGGUAUCGGCUGCUCCGUCGUCAACAUUGGCAGUGGGGAUAUCAUCGAGGUCCGCGAGCAUCUCAUCCUGGGCCUGAUCUGGCAGAUCAUCCGGAGGGGUCUCCUGGGCAAGAUCGACAUCAAGCUGCACCCUGAGCUGUACCGGCUCCUGGAGGAGGACGAGACCCUGGAGCAGUUCCUGCGCCUGCCACCAGAGCAGAUCCUCCUGCGCUGGGUCAACUACCACCUCAAGGCCGCCAACUGGCCCCGCCGCGUCGCAAACUUCUCUACCGACGUCAAGGACGGCGAGAACUACGCUGUCCUCCUGGCCCAGAUUGGCUCGGAAUACGGGUGCACAAGGGCCCCUCUGCAGACACGAGACCUGCUCCAGCGUGCCGAGGAGGUCCUCCAAGAUGCGGACAAGCUGGGCUGUCGCAAGUUCCUGACCCCCAAGUCCCUCGUCGCCGGAAACCCCAAGCUCAACCUUGCUUUUGUUGCGAACCUGUUCAACACCCACCCUUGCCUCGACCCUAUCACGGAAGAGGAGAAGCAGGAGGUCGAGGACUUCGAUGCCGAGGGCGAGCGCGAGGCCAGGGUCUUCACCCUGUGGCUCAACAGCCUGGACGUCCAGCCCGCUGUCCAGUCCUUCUUCGACGACCUGCGCGAUGGCUCAAUACUGUUGCAGGCCUACGACAAGGUCAUCAAGGGCUCGGUCAACUGGCGGCACGUCAACAAGCCCCCCGCGAACGGCGGCGAGCUGAUGCGCUUCAAGGCCGUCGAGAACACAAACUACGCGGUCGAGCUGGGGAAGCAGAACGGCUUCUCGCUGGUCGGCAUCCAGGGCGCCGACAUCACGGACGGGCAGAAGAUGCUGACCCUGGGCCUGGUGUGGCAGCUGAUGCGCAAGAACAUCACCAUCACGCUGGGCGCGCUGGCGCAGCGGCUCGGCAAGCGCGAGAUGACCGACGUCGAGAUGGUCAAGUGGGCCAACGACAUGUCGCGCAAGGGCGGCCGCAACUCGUCCAUCCGCUCCUUCAAGGACGGCAACAUCGGCACGGGCGUCUUCCUGAUCGACGUGCUCAACGGCAUGAAGAGCAACUACGUCGACUACGACCUCGUCACGCCCGGCCGCACCGACGACGACGCCUACCUCAACGCCAAGCUCAGCAUCUCCAUCGCCAGGAAGAUGGGCGCCACCAUCUGGCUCGUGCCCGAGGAUAUCUGCCAGGUCCGGUCGCGCCUGGUCACGACUUUUAUCGGCUCCCUGAUGGCCACCCACGAGAAGAUGCAGUAGUUCGUCACUGGGGAAGUUGAAGAGGCUUGACAAGUUGCAUUUUCCUUUUUUUUUUUUUCAAAAGGGAGAGGGGAGGAGACCAAAAAGUUAAGGGGGACAGAGAGGGGUUUCUUGUUGGUAGCGUUCUCCGGGCUCUUCUUUAACGUGUUGUUUUUGGCCCUCCGCUUCGCGACGCGAUAGAAUUCUUUGUUUUUUUGUGUUUCUGUAGUACUUCGUGACAAUACCUCUUGCAGAAAGGCAAUCGAUCCUGACUGGAUGAUGGAGACUUUUUUUUUUUAGUUGCACAUGUGCUUUGAAAUGCCCAUGAGUGUGGCAUUUUUGUAUGCCUGUGUUGAACCUGUAUGUGUUUUGCGUUUUUGUGUAACAUUUGGAAUCUGCCUCACCGAGGACCACCGUGA